CGGGGCGCGACACCAGUUGAUUUAAGCCACUCUGUCAGUCAACGUCUCCGUACCAUUGUUGAUUUGUGUUUGUGUGUGACUUAGUACCAAGAAAAUCCAUUCAUACUACAAUGUCGUCAAUAACGUGGUUGGCGUGCGCGCUGGUACUGAUGUGCGCUAGCAUGCAAGUGUCGCCUGCGCCUGCGCCCGCACCGCAAGAAGAAAAUUAUCCGCCAAUGCCAUAUGAAUACAAAUACGAUGUAGAAGACCCAGAAAAAUUGCUUUACUUCGGAGCGAGUGAGGCCGGCGAUGCACAAGGCAAGGUUAUCGGCAGUUAUAAGGUCCUACAUCCUGAUGGACGACUCAUGACCGUCGAGUACACCGUGCAAGGCGACAGUGGCUUUGUGCCAGUAAUUAAGUUUGAAGAAAACGCAAACCCCUUCGGCAAAAGGAAGUAGGCUAAUGAUUAUGGAGUCACGUAGAGAGCAAUUUGUGUAAAUAUUCAUGUAUUUUAAUGACCUUGUUCCGAGAUUAUACAACUUUUAAUGGUUAUUAUCGUCGCAAUCAUUAUCUACUACUGGCUUAAGUAUUACUGUUGCAUCUUUGUACUCGUCCCUAUUCUGUUAUCGUCAAUAACGUCUCAAUUACGUGAUAUCUGUUCCGAUGUUCAAAUU